UUUUAUGAACCGUUUGCCAAAGAACACUAUUGAGAAAAUAGCGACUUUAUUAGAUAUAAAGGAUGCUAUUGUAUUUGGUUCAUGUUCGAAACGAUAUCAAAAUGCUAUUCUGAAAAAUGAGUCAUUUUGGAGAAACAAGACACUAAAAGACUUUGGCAACUUAUUUCGACUAUAUCAGAUUUUUAUUACUUCUACUGGACUAGAAUUACCCAGCGAUCUAUCCGAAAAGUUUGCUAAACGACCUCAUCAUUGGUUUCAAUACUAUAUUUACAAACACACAUCGCUUAAGCGAGUAGACAAUGAUAUUCUGUUGGAUCAGUGCGAUAAAGAAUACAAAGAAGCGCAAAGAUACCUCACGGCAUUUCAAGAUGAGAUUGAUUAUUCACUCUUGACGCAAUUAGCAUCCAGAAUGUUUUGGAUCUUGGACAUAUUCCCUACUUAUGCUGGGUGUUAUUAUAUCUUGGGAUAUAUUCUGUUCUUUCUAAAGCAGUUUGGUGAUGCGCUUGAUAUUUUAGAUAUGGGACGAUGUGUAGACGCUUCAUUUCAACAGUUUGAUGAGCUUGAGAAAGACAUUAUAUCGACCAUGCAAACAGAGAAAAGGGCAAGGACAGAUGUACCUCUACUUGUGAAUGAAAAUCUUUCGCCAGAAUUAAUUGCUGUUUUGCUGGAAAUCUUUCAUCGAUUUGAUAAGGAUCAGGACAAUUGUCUUAAUUUUGAAGAACUGGAUUUCUUUGUAUACUCGACAAAUGGACAACACCCACCUACAUCGUUUUUAGAGCAAAUGGGUCAAAGAUACGGCUCAAAUAAUCAAGGCUGGUUAACAAAAGAAGGGUUCUUGGCAUUUUACUUGGAACAAACACUAGAUGAUGUACAUGAGACGCGAAAAGAUAUUCGUGCUCAUGGAUAUGACUGUAGUAAAUUGAGAAAGAGAGAUGCUAAUAACGCAUAAUUUUUUAUGAUGACAAGUCUAUUAUCACUUUUUAUAACUAAACAAGCUCUUUGUUGCUUGCAUGGGAAUCAUUGUAUGGCAUACUAUCAAUGCUUUGGACGAUCAUUAAACUGUUAUCAGUGUGUUCUGUCGCACCUGAAACAGGCCUUGAUGAUUGCGGUGUACCAUGGUGUAAUGAAAAGGGCAGCUGAGAAAUAGAUGACAUGUAGCCUGUUGGGUAACUUCCUGACAAAGCAAUGUGUGUCUCUUUUUCUUUUUCUGCUUUAUACUUUUUGAGUUGCUUCAGUGCAUUUGUGAUUUGGGUAUCGUAACCAAUCAGCGUGACAAAAAGAAUAUUGGCAAAGGGCCAAAUGACAAAAGAAGUAAACGGAUUAUC